AAUCGACUCUAUCUCGACCCUACUUCACUUAGAAUCUGAGAAUAAAAAUACAUAGAAAAAAACAUAAAUACAAACAUACUUCGUAUAUAAAUAUCAAAUACAAUGGACGGUCAUUGAAGAUAAACACGCGCGUCCAGUGUUUAUACGAGGUGCUCUCGGGUUGUACCCUUGUAACAUUCUCGCUAAUUUGAGCUCGUGCAGUAUUAUCGAAGAUGUUUGUGCAAUACAUACUGUGUGUGUGUUUUGCUACGACGGUCUUCGCUGGCAGGAGAGGCGGGAGAGGUGGGAAAAGGCAAGAGACAGAUAGGCUGGAUCAUUUUGUAAGCGGGGGCUUCAAGGAAGAGAUGCGGAUGUCUCCGUGGCACGCAGGGAUAUAUACGAAGAGCACCACGCCAUACAUGCAAAUCUGUGGCGGCACACUUAUCGCAAAAAAUGUGGUUGUGUCAGCUGCUCACUGCUUCUCUGAAAGUAGGCAGAAACCAUCCGUAGCCAACUACGCAGUGGCCGUCGGCAAAAUAUACAGACCCUGGAACGAUGCCCACGACACCGGAGCUCAGAAAUCAGACGUGAAAGAAAUUAUAAUACCACCCCGAUACCAAGGCAACGUUGCCAACUUCCAAGAUGACAUCGCCCUUGUCAUAGUAGAGAAGGAGUUCCACAACAGCGAGUUUGUGAAGCCGGCCUGCGUCAGCUUCGACGAGCGUUUGGAUGAAGAGCAGCUGUGGGAUGGGAACACUGGAAAGGUCAGCGGCUGGGGGUCGACCGGGGAGGACGCGCGGCCGUCCCAAGUGCUGCGAGCCGCCAUACUGCCGAGUGUCACCAUCGACAAAUGCAUCGACGAAAGCCCAGUGGCCUUCAGAAGUUACAUCACAGGAGACAAGAUCUGCGCCGGAUACAAUAACGGCACGGCGGUGUGUCGCGGCGACAGCGGCGGAGGUCUCAUGUUCUCCUCUAAGAUAGACGGUGUCGAUCGGUUCUUCCUCCGCGGCAUCGUCUCCACUUCCAACACCGCAGAGGAGCACGGGUGCAACAUCUACACCUGGGCCACCUUCACCCACCUGCUUCGACACGAGCACUUGGUGAAGGCCGUGGUGCCUGACGUGGAGGAGGCUUGCUCGCCGAAGAGCUCUGAUGAAGGCGUUGAUGAUCGCAUUGCUCGAUUAACUGACAUCCCCAGAAUACAGCGCUGUGAUUGCACAUGUCCUCCGGGUACUUACAAGAUCAGACACGGCAAUUAUUGUAAGAAAUUGUAAACUCAUGUGUAAGUACUCCAACAUCAUGAUUGUAUAGUAUUGUAUAGAUGAUCGUGUAAUUUAUGCUGUAUUGAAUAAAGUGAUAAGAUUUUUCUUAUUGUAAGUUUAAA